AUGUUCAGGUAUAUCACUCCGAUUUGUGUUCUUCUAGCUAUUGCGGUUGUUUUGGAAGCCAGCCCGAGAUUCAGAGUGAGUUAUUCUAAGCUGCGUGGCUGAGUGGUUUGCAGAACCAGGGUUCGACGUCAAUUUUUUUGUAGCAUCGUCCACCGUGCGGUUUGCCACCAUUUGCUGACGAUCUGCCAACUGAACAACAAAACAAUUUGACAGAAAUCUGGAAGGAUUAUAAAGAAGGAGAUAGUUGUGAUGAAGAGCAGACUAGAACUCGCGAAGUGAUUGAUUCACUUCCAAAAGAGCUUCGAAAGAAUCUUCAUCGCCGCCCAACUCCCCCAUAUUUGAAAGGAGUUUCGAAAGAUAUUCUCGAGAAGUUCCAAGCAAUUUGGAAAGACAAAUCGAUUGCCUGGCCAGAUAAGCAUGAAAAAAUCGAGGAAUUGGCCGAGAAAACAUUGACUGGUGAUAAUUUGAAGCAAUUCAAGGAGUUCAAGGCCAAAAAAGCUGAACAAACUAAAGAAUAUGAGGCGAAGGAGGCGAAAUUGUCGACGGAGGCAAAAGAAGCGCAUGAGAAGAUCGAGGCGCUUCAAAAGCAGAAGUUCCAAAUCAUUUCCGAUUUAAGCGAGAAAGCCAAGGAGGAACUUUUUGAUUUGUGGCAUAGUCGACCAUUUGGAAGAUUUGGAGGUGGAAGAGGAGGACAUCAUUAA